CUUGGUUUUCUAUCUAUGGCUUGCAGACGAUACUUACUUAGUAGGUGAUCGCGGCGUUCGAUUUAGCUUAUUUCAAAUUUGGUGUGUUUGGUUUUAUUCCCCACUAUGGAUGAAUGCUUGGAUUUAUGGGACGCGCUUUUGUGUUUCGAUUUUCCGUGAAAGUCCUAGGGAAAGUUGGAUAAGAUUUUGGAACACCUGUGCCGUCAGCCCGAAAGGCCUUCCCUUAAUGCUGCAACGGAAAUGAAAGGGAACCGACGGCGAAGAGUGUCCUCCGACGGUGCCCACUGGAUCCCAUUCGUCGAAAAGGUCACGUGGCCUCUUUUGAUGCUGGCUGUCUUCUUUGCUGCCGAAACGGGUGCCACUUCCAUUGGUACCUGGAUGAACCUAGGCCUUCAGGGACUCGACGUCUUGCACAAUCCACAAGCAUAUUUGUUGGGAGCGCAGCCACUGUGUUCUAGGUUGAGUGGGCUGUCCCGAGGCCAAACCAAGCUCUGCUACCUUUACCAAGACCACAUGGCUCACGUCGCAAGGGGGGCUCGGCUCGGCAUCCACGAGUGUCAGUGGCAGUUCACCAACAGGAGGUGGAAUUGCUCCACAGUUGAUGACUCUAGUGUCUUCGGUCCAAUGUUGAGUAUUGGAAGCAGGGAAGCUGCAUUUGCGCACGCCAUCUCUGCGGCAGGCGUCGUGCACACCGUGUCUCGGGGCUGCCGCGACGGCCAGCUGGCCAACUGCGGCUGCAGCCAGACGGCCAGGCCGCGGACCCUCCGGAGAGACUGGAUCUGGGGCGGAUGCGGGGACAACGUGGAGUACGGAUACCGCUUCACCGAGGGGUUCGUUGACGUGCGAGAGCGCGAACUCAACCACCCACGUGGUACUAGGGCCCAAGCCAGGAAGCUCAUGAACCUGCACAACAACGAGGCUGGAAGAAGGGCCGUGAUCCGUAAGAUCAGAGUAACUUGCAAAUGCCAUGGUGUAUCUGGAUCUUGCUCCCUGGUGACCUGUUGGCAACAGUUAGCACCAUUCCGAGAAGUUGGCGACUACCUGAAGGACAAGUACGAUGGUGCCACAGAGGUCAAAAUCAACCACCGGAAUAAACUUCAAAUACGGAAUCCCCGUUACAACCUGCCCACCGCUGAGGACCUCAUCUACAUAGACGAGAGUCCGGACUAUUGCGUCUCCAAUGAGAAGACUGGAUCAUUGGGCACGGAGGGACGCGUCUGCAACCGGACUUCGCUGUCCACGGAUGGUUGCAACCUCAUGUGCUGUGGAAGGGGCUACAACACUCACAAGACCACUGUCAAGGAGCGGUGCAAGUGUAAAUUCCACUGGUGUUGCUACGUGGAAUGCAAGACGUGCCAUUAUGUACUGGACAUACAGUCUUGUAAAUAGAUUCAUGACUAUCUUCGCUCAUGACU